AAAAGGUUUAAGUUAUCACAUCCGGGGUGAAAGUGGCAACGUGCCUUUCCGCACAUUUUGAUGGUUUAGUUAAUGUGAUAAUAAGCCUUAGUUAUGCCCCUCAUAGUGAUGUGUGGUUACCCCUGUAGUGGUAAAACACGAAGGGCAGAGGAGCUGAAGGUUCAUUUUGAGGAGACAACUGAGCGAAAGGUUCAUAUUGUUGGAGAAGAUGCCCUGGGCGUUGAGAGAAACACUGUUUACGCAGAUUCCCAAAAGGAAAAAAAUGUCAGAGCAUCUCUGAAAGCUGAAGUAGAGAGGAAAGUCAACAAGGAGGACAUAGUCAUUUUGGACUCAUUAAAUUACAUAAAAGGCUACCGCUAUGAACUCUUCUGUCUCAUCAAACACACACAGACACCACAUUGCCUGGUGUACUGUUUGACAUCAGAUGAACAGAGCUCACUGUGGAACUCCAGCAGAGAAGCUGCCGAUCAGUACAACCAGGACAUCUUUGAUGCAUUAGUUCAGAGAUUUGAGUCUCCUGACUCCAGAAACCGGUGGGACAGCCCGCUCUUCACUAUCCUGAAAGAUGACACGCUCCCUUUUGAAGCCAUUUCUGAUGCUCUUUUCAAAAGAAAAGCUCCUCCACCAAACCAGUCUACCCAGAGUCAACCGUUGUCAUCUACAAACUUCUUAUAUGAGUUGGACAAGAUCACGCAAGACGUUUUAAUGGCAAUUUUCAACGCUCAGAAGACAAGUGUGCCCGGAGAUCUCAUCUCAGUACCGGGAGCAACAGAAAAGAUCGAGCUCACCAGAAGCAUCAACAUGGCAGAGCUGAGGAAGCUACGGCGCCAGUUCAUCAGCUACACCAAGAUGCACCCGACUGAGAACACGGGACAAAUAGCCAACAUGUUUGUUCAGUAUUUAAAUAAGAGUUUUCACUGACAUUUUAUUGUAAUGUUCUUUUUAAAUUUUCCAUGUCAAAUAAAUGUAUUUAAAAGUG